AUGAUUUUAGGAUUUCUAAUAAUGACACUGUCGGAGUUUAUUGAUCAGACUCUUCAAGGAAGGCGUCCAUCCAGUAUUUUCUACGCGUCUGUCGGCACGAUUGUGGCUGCCAAGCUGCUGACAGACAUUUUCAAGGAUGGAUUUCUUAUUAAGCGUUCUAAAUUUGCUAAGUGGCGCAUCAUACGUACCCUUGCUGCCCCUAUCAUUGAGCGGGAGGUGAAAACAGCCGGUAAGGCGUUUAAAAUGCCAGCCAAGGAAGGCGAAUUUAAGGCGAAUAAGCUGCCAGAGAAGAGUACAACGGAUGAGAGAGUUUUAAGCCUUGUAAAAACGUUUCACGAAGAGCUUGAUAAGCCUUACGAGACGGGUGGAUUUAGUGGAUCUGUCUAUCAUGGGGGAGCAUCGCACACACAGCUGAUCAACCGCGUUAUGGAAUUAUUCCAGUGGAGUAACCCGCUACACGUUGAUUUGUUUGGCGCUACACGAAAGAUGGAAGCGGAGGUAGCGUCAAUGGUUCUCCACAUGUUCAAUGGUCAUUUACUCCCGGAUGCAUGUGGUACCGUGACGUCUGGUGGUACAGAAAGCAUUAUGAUGGCGCUCAAGUCCUAUCGCGACUGGGGACGUGCCAAGCGAGGUAUUGAGAAGCCCUCUGUUAUUGUGGGCGUCACCGCACAUCCUGCCUUUGACAAAGGUGCCGAGUAUUUUGGUAUUAACUUGAUCAAAGUUCCAGUAGAUCCGGUAACUCGGAAAAUUAAUGUAAAAGAAGUGGAAAAGCACAUUAAGUACAAUACUGUAGCCAUUGUUGGUUCUGCACCGACUUUUCCUCAUGGUACAAUUGACCCCAUCAGUGAAUUGGCCGAAUUGGCCUAUCGUCAUAAAAUCGGAUUGCAUGUGGAUUGCUGUUUGGGUGGUUUUAUAGUGCCAUUUAUGGAAAAGGCUGGUUUUCCUGUUCCUAUUGUAGAUUUUCGUCUCCCUGGCGUCACGACAAUCAGCUGUGAUACACACAAGUAUGGAUACGCGCCCAAGGGCUCAUCAACUGUUCUUUACAGAACAAAAGAUCUGCGUUCUUUCCAGUUUUGCUGCGUGGCAGACUGGCCCGGCGGCAUUUAUUGUUCCCCCGCAGUAAGUGGUUCCAAGCCAGGCAACGUCAUUGCGGGGACGUGGGCAGCUAUGGUUCGUAUGGGAGAAGAGGGCUACGUUGAAAACUGUCGUAAAAUUGUGAAUGCGCGUAUAAAAAUGACAGCUGCCCUCUCCAAGCUGCCAUAUAUCACAAUCCUGGGUGAUCCCAUUACCUCUGUCUUUGCCUUUAACAGUGAAUGCAUUGACAUUUUCCUUCUCGGUGACCGUCUGAGAGAGCGGGGGUGGGCUCUGAACAGGCUUCAAUUUCCAUCUGGUCUUCAGUUCUCUGUGACGCUGCUGCAAACAAAUGAAGGCGUUGCGGACCGCUUCAUCAAAGACGUGACGAGCAUUGGUGAAGAGAUGUACAUAGCAGUGAAGGAAGCUGAAAAGGAGCACCGCGUUGUGAAAAAAGACGAGGCAGGAGGAUCUAUUUAUGCUUCACAACAGCGAGUCAGCGAUCGUAGUAUUGUGAAGGACAUUCUACGGGAGUUCUUAGAUCAGUACUACAGUACAAAUCAUUGA